AUGCAGACUUUUAAGAGCAAUUGCACUCUUCCUCCGGAGAGCGUUGGUUUUAUUUCUUCCCCAAACACUCGCGGAACCCUAGACAUUGUCUGGUCUUGUCUUAGUGUGCUUAUCCUCUGUACUUGGUCUGUCAUUCAUCUCAACGUACCAAUUGAGUCGACUCCAAACGGCAAACGCCAAGAAUACACACGAAAACUCUUCCUAUUCUGGACAAAGCUUAAAUGGAUGUUUAUCAACCUUGCUGCACCAGAGUGGGCACUAGGACAAGCUUGGAGCCUUUAUCAUUCAGUAGCUCUGCUCGAGGACCGGUUUCAAAAGUACCAGAGGGAAGACAGUGUCCCAUGGAGCCGCUCCCAUAUCUACUAUGCAAAUAUGGGUGGAUUCUCUAUUCGGUUUGACGAGUCAUUGAACGAGCCAGAGUUCUCUCUCCAAGAUGUGAAACCGUAUGAGACGAAUCUUUUUUCUCCAUUGAAUUACGGCUACCCCCCGCAGGGCUUUCGGCCAUUGCCGCGGGCUCAGCGACAGUUUUUUGAUCUUUGGAUGAUGAACGGCAUUGAUUCGCCAGAACAUAUCCAAGAAUCGGUACGAAAGAUCUCUAAAUCAAUAGGAGAUAUCAACUGGAAACCAGACCAAUACAAUAUUCGAGCUAUAAGAAUGGCAGUUUUCAUACUGUCUCCAGACCAUUUUGCUGAUGAAAAGGAACGAAAGAAAUUCUUUUUCAACUCUGAAACUUGGUUUGAAAAUAUCCGUUACCUUUGUGGGGAUCUCUGGGUGCUGGAUGCGAACCAGCUUCUCCUUGCACGCGAGCGUGGAAUCAUCGAAACGUUACCUUCGAUAUCUCAGGCUUCCCUAGAUGAUCGCAACAAGGGCAAUUUAUUCGUCACCCUUCUAACGAUAUUUCAAAUAUCGUGGAUGGUCAUCCAGCUUAUUGUACGCCUGGCUCUAAAUCUCCCCUCGAGCCAACUUGAGAUCGUUACUCUAUCCUUUGCAAUCUGCUCAACGAUCACAUACUUGCUGUUGUUUAACAAGCCAAAGGAUGUCCAGACAUCACACACCAUCAAAGCCGCUAAGCGCCCAUCUGCGGAAGACCUGAUCCUCAUUGCAAACGCUGGCCCGUCGGGGUUUGCAUUCGCUCGUGCGAGUAUAUGGAUUCCUAACAACAUCCUGAGCCGAGAUACUACACAUAGGGAAGAUGGUAAUUUUAUGAUGUAUCUGGCAUCUUCAGCUGCAAUGAUUAUAUUUGGUGGUAUCCAUUGCAUUGCAUGGAAUUUCAAAUUUCCUACAGAGGUAGAGAAACUAUGUUGGCACAUUAGUACGAUCAUAACGGCUGUUACUGUACCACUAUUAUGGGCUCUCAAUCAAACGCGGGGUAAAGUCAUCGAGUUGAUAGUCAUGUCUGAUACUGAUAGAUCUCUGCUAGCGAAAGUGGCAUCGGUUAUUCAAAAGGCAUCAUGGUUGAUUGUUCUAGUGUUUAGUUCUGCGAGGCUAUUUAUAACGGUCGAGGCUUUUCGUUCGUUGGCCUUCCUUCCACCAGGCGCCUUUUUGGGUACCUGGUCAGCAGGUAUACCACAUGUCGGUUAA